AUGUCCUCAUCAGAUGAGGAAGCGGUCCGACGCCCCGGACGAAAUGCUGUGAACCAAAGCCCUGAUAUGAGUGAUGCUGGCAAUGACUCCGGUGCCGAAAAUACUGGUCUUGGCGCCGUCGAUGCGCUGGACGAUGAUGCUGAUCUCUUUGGAUCGGACGGUUCAGAUGGCGGGUUUGGUGAUACUGACCAACCUCAUCGCAAUCUGGAUGAUGAGCAGCUGGACUCUGGAGAUGACGAGGGUCGGUACGACCGACACCAUAAGACGGAUGGGGCAUUUGAUGAAGAGCCUCGCAGCCUCACAAUUGCUGAGAUGACCAUUGCUCGCGCCCCAGUACCAGCUACGAGUGGCCCGGAGGUCUACACGAUGCGCGUGCCUGAUUUCCUAUCCAUUGAAUCGGAGGAAUUCAAUCCAGAGACAUACAUUGCGCCCGCCUACUCCACCGCAUCCACUUCGCUGUGUUGGCGUCGAGACCCGGAAGACGAGAAUAAACUCCAAUCGAAUGCUCGCAUUAUCCAGUGGGAGGAUGGGUCUAUCACACUUCAGCUCGCCUCCAACCCCACGGAACAAUACCAUGUGUCAUCAAAACCUCUUGCGCCUCUUUCCAAAUCUGGCGAAUACAACACCAAGCUGGACUCGCACGUCUAUCUCGGCGCUGGUCUUGAACAAGCUGAGCUUUUCCGUCUCACAUCACAUGUUACGCAUGGGUUGACCGUGCUGCCAACGGCUUUGGAGUCAGACGAAGCAGUUCAAAGACUACAGGAGUCUUUGGCUGCAGCCACGCGCGCUGGCAAGACGAAUACCGACGGGGGCCUGGGUCUGGUAGCCAUCAAUCUCGCAGAGGAUCCUGAGCUCGCGGCCCGCAAGGCAGAGCAGAUGGAGAAGGAAGCAACGCGAGCAGAGCGACGCCGGCAGCAACUGGCCGACCGCGAGGCUGACCGAUCUCGACGCGUGGCUGCACCUCGCACAAUGGGCAAUGGUCUCAGUGUCGGUGGAUUGGAAGAUGAUGGUUCACGUCCGGCCCGUCCUCGCGCCAAGCCGCGUCGCACAAACCGUCGCGGUGAGAUCAUGACGGAUGAAGAAGAAGACUACGGUCGUGGCCUCGGUCGUACACGCGAGGACGAAUACGACGAAGAUGACGGGUUCCUGGUGGGAAGCGACGAGGAAAUCGAGGAGGAAGGCGACGAUGAUGACGAGGAGGAGCUGGAGGAUGAAGACAUGGAUGCCGAGGGUGAAGACGACGAUGAAGUUGCGCCCUCGAAGCCUGCCAAGAAACCCGAGGUCGCCCGGGACGGAACGCCUCCAGCCCGAAAGAAGAAUCGUUACGUGGUCGACGAUGAUGAUGAGGAAGACGAGUAA